UCCUACAACAAAUACCUAGAGCUGACCACCAACUCUUUCACCUCAGUUCCAAGCCUUCAAAGACUGAUGCUCCGAAGGGUGGCCCUGAAACAUGUGGAUAGCUCCCCUUCGCCUUUUCACCCUCUUCUGAACCUGGUCAUUCUGGAUCUAAGCAACAACAACAUUGCCAACAUAAAUGAUGAAUUGUUGAAGGGUCUUGAGAAACUAGAAAUUCUGGAUUUGCAGCAUAACAACUUAGCUCGGCUCUGGAAGCAUGCCAACCCUGGUGGUCCUGUUCAGUUUCUAAAAGGUCUUUCUCGCCUCCACAUCCUUAACUUAGAGUCUAAUGGCUUUGAUGAGAUCCCAGUGGAAGCCUUCAAGGACUUACGUGAAUUGAAGAGUAUUGAUUUAGGAAUGAAUAAUUUAAAUAUCCUUCCACAAUCUGUAUUUGAUAAUCAAGUGUCACUAAAGUCAUUACGCCUUCAGAAGAACCUCAUAACAUCUGUUGAAAAGACUGUUUUUGGGCUAGCAUUCAGGAACCUGAAUUAUUUAGAUAUGAGUUUUAAUCCAUUUGAUUGUACCUGUGAAAGCAUUGCCUGGUUUGUUAAUUGGAUUAAUAGUACCCACAGCAACAUCUCUGAACUAAGGAACCAUUACCUCUGCAACACUCCGCCUCAGUACCAUGGUUUCCCAGUAGUGCUUUUCGAUGUAUCGGCCUGCAAAGACAGUGCCCCAUUUGAACUCCUUUUCAUGAUUAGCACCAAUAUCCUUUUGAUUUUUAUCUUUAUUGUACUGCUCAUCCAUUUUGAAGGCUGGAGGAUAUCUUUUUAUUGGAAUGUUUCAGUGCAUCGAGUUCUCGGUUUCAAAGAAAUAGACAGAGCAGAGCAGUUUGAAUAUGCAGCAUAUAUAAUUCACGCCUAUAAAGAUAGGGAUUGGGUCUGGAAGCACUUCUCCCCAAUGGAAGAAGAAGAUCAUACUCUCAGAUUUUGUUUGGAAGAAAGGGACUUUGAGGCAGGUGUCUUUGAACUUGAAGCAAUUGUGAACAGCAUCAGAAGGAGCAGAAAAAUUAUUUUUAUUAUAACACAGAAUCUAUUGAAAGAUGCAUUAUGCAAAAGAUUCAAGGUUCACCACGCAGUUCAGCAAGCUAUUGAACAAAACCUGGAUUCCAUUAUAUUGAUCUUUCUUGAGGAGAUUCCGGAUUAUAAAUUGAACCAUGCACUCUGUCUGCGAAGAGGGAUGUUUAAAUCUCAUUGCAUUUUGAACUGGCCGGUUCAGAAAGAACGGGUAAAUGCUUUUUAUCAUAAAUUGAAAGUAGCACUUGGGUCCAGAAAUUCAGUACAUUAAAUUUAUUUAAAGACUAAAUUAAAGGAGUAAGUUUCCUAAUUUUAAAAAGUUCCAUGGUAAAUUUACAUUUUCCUUGACAAUAGCAUAAAUCUGUUCGUUCAUAUUCAUAAGUAAGAAUAUCACCACUAUGUCUCUUAUAUGGAAAUAUGUCUCCCUAUUUCAGGCCUUUUAUAACCAUUUGACAUAAUCUGACCCAAAAUAAACAUAUAAGAAUAUCUUUUACUAACAAACACACAGUUAGGUUACUGAGGCCUAUGAAAACAGUUUUGAAAUAGUCCUCGGUUUAAAGAAAAGUUAGAGGUAUAUGAGGGUUUGUGAUAAUUAUAUUUGUUAUUUCUUUUUCUGGAUGCACUCAGAAUAAAAUAUGACUUUUAAUGGGUACAAUGCUAUUUCAGUUGUGAAAGGGUAAAAUGUACACCCAUAUUUUUAAAAGUUUAAUUACAGCAAUUUUUUAACUGCAAACUUUGUGUUUUAGUGGUGCCUGUUGCAGUCUUGAUUUUAUUAAAUGUUAAAUGCCAUUUUAGUAAACGUGUGUGUGCUCA